AUGGGCCUCAAACGACCGAGAGACGCAGCAAUGGCGGACGAGAAGCCAGAGCAAUCUCCAUCGCCCUUUGUGUCGAUGUUUGAAGGCUUCCGCGCAGAGCUGGAUGAACACCAUGAUCGACGAGAGAGAAUCAUCAAGGCGUCGCGUGACAUCACCGCGUCGAGCAAGAAGAUCAUCUUCACUCUCCAGAGGGUCCGCGCUGUUGGCCAAGCAGUACCACCAUGGGUCACCAAGAAGAAUGCGGAAUACUGGGAGACGAUUGAAGAUCGCUACAAGAACAUCGCCGCCGACCUUCAAGGCCUGAAUGCCUACCGCUACUCGCACAACAUCACGGGCGGCAAUCAAGAGUUCAUGGAAGCGCUUAGCUUCCAGCAUUACCUUGAAACACAAUCACUGAUCUCGUACAAUGAAGCCAAGGCCCGUAUCGCUGCUAUGAGCGGCGAAGCUGGACCUAUCUCCUUUACGCCAGAAGACUACAUUCUCGGUGUCUGCGAUAUGACUGGCGAGCUGAUGCGCUUCUCUGUCACGAGCAUGGCGACAAACGGCAAACUUCCGUCUGGCAAGCAAGCAGAGGCGAACAAAAGGCUGAAGCAAGGCAAUGGCCAAGACGAUGCUGGCGACAAGAUGGACAUCGACGAGGAAGCAUCAGUUGCGAAUGAAAGCCAGAAGCCGCGGACUGUCUUGGAUGACCUGAGGGCGAUCCGGCUGCAGCUCGAGAUGCUCGACGCACCGGGAGGGUCCAAGUUUGCAGCAGAGUUGGAGACGAAGAAGAUGCCCGUGAUGCGCGAGUGCGUGGACAAGGUAGAGAAGGGUCUCUAUGGUUUGACUGUGCGUGGAAACGAGCGUCCCAAGGGCUGGAUGCCAGAUAUGAGCAGUGCCAGGGAGGUAGAAAGUUACUGA